GGCUAGAGAGCUGUAUAAAUUGUUUCACCCUUUUAGAAGCCACUCAGUCACAUUUGAACCACUAAAGUGAAAACAAGCAUACUAAAAUGCAUCUACGAAAAAUUUCUGUUUCCAUUGUUUUGGCGUUCUUUUGCACGCUGCUGGUGACAGAUGCACUGACAAUCCAGGAACUAAGAGCACAAAUUGCACAGCAGCGCAUAGCGCAACGGUACGGCAUUACAACAACUAGCGAAGCAACGACCACCGCUAGUAGCGAUUCUGCCACUACUACGUCCUCUGCGACAACUUCCGAAAGCUCAGCCAAUACGACAUCUUCCGAUAGCACUACAACGACAGAGUCCACUACAGAAGCUGAAUCGACGACUGCCGACAGUACUACUGAGGCAGCAACGACUACAUCCGAAUCCAGCACAACCGCCGACUCAUCCAGCACAACCGCCGACUCAUCUAGCACAGGAACGACAAGCGUUGAAGAUGGACUAAUCGCUCAAUAUCGUGACCAGGUACGACAGGAAGCUAUUGCACGUGCUUUGGCAAGGGCGGCCGCAUUAGGGUGAUUUUUUCUUCGUCUGGAAAUUAUUUCACUAAUAUGAAACUUAUAAAUUUCUAAAAUAAAAAAGAGUAGCUGUUGAUUCCAAGCAAAACCACA